GGCGACAACAAACACAUGUCCGUCCAUAACUUCCUGGAUCGAGUGGCAGAGUUGCAGUUGGCCCGUAGCGUUUCCGACCAGGAAUUGUUUGUGUCCGCCAUCGAUUUGUUUUCCGGUAAGGCGCUAAUGUGGUAUCGUACCAAUCGAUCCCGGGUUGAUUCCUGGGCUUCCCUAUCGGAUUUGCUUAUCAAACAUUUUGAGCCUCCCGAUUACCGCGCUAGGCUGUUUAGGGAGUUAUUGGAUAGAACUCAGGAUACUUCCGAGGGUAUUGUAGAUUAUUUGUCGUCAAUGAAGGCUCUUUUCCAACGUUAUGGGACCCUCCCUGAAGAAACACAAUUAGACAUGGUGGUUCGGAACUUGGCUCCUUUUUAUUCCACCCAACUUCCCAUCGUAAGAUCUUUCGCUGAGCUGGAAGACGAAUGCCUCCGUGUAGAAGCCAAAAAGUUCAGAGCCGAUCAGUACGUCCCACCAACCAGGAGACGACACACCUUGGUCGAGCCGGACUUCGCUUUUGUGUCUGCACCUUCAACUCACGCAUUCGCAGUUGCUCGUGAUGUUCCCACGUCAUCGGGAAUUCCGGUUUGCUUCCAGUGCCAUAAGCCCGGCCAUUUUAGGCGAAACUGCCCGACUCGUCAGAGACACUGUUACAAGUGUGGUACGCCAGGCGUGACAAUAACAAAUUGCCCAAAUAAGGAUCCUCAAGGACGGCUUGCUCGUUGGGCUCUUCGGCUUCAGCCAUACGAUUUCAAGCUCAUUCAUAGGAAGGGUAAAGAUCACAUCGUACCCGACUUUCUUUCUAGAUCCGUGCCGGUGGCUACAGAGGGUAUCGCUUCCGUACAGGACAGCGUUCCACCCACUUG